AUGACGCAGCAGCAACCUGCCGCCUUCGAGCGGCUUGACUACAUUAGUCGCCAACUUAAAUCCCGAGUCGGCGACGAUGUACGACGAAGAGCAGCAUCACAGUUGAAAGAUCUCGUCGGUGUAUGCCAUCGAGACCUCAACCCGGAGCAGUUUCUAUCCUUUUACAAUACUGUCAACAAUAAAAUUACACAGCUCAUCACACAUGGUGGCGACUCGGCAGAACGAUUGGGGGGCAUCUAUGCAUUGGAUGCGCUUGUCGACUUUGACGGCGUCGACGUCGCCCUCAAAUAUACUCGAUUUACCCAAAACUUGAAAACCGUUCUACGGGGCAAAGAUAUGAACCCCAUGCGGCCGGCCGCUGUUGCUCUCGGUAAACUUUGUCGCCCUGGAGGGUCACUCAUUUCAGAACUAGUCGACUCGGAAGUAAAUACGGCGCUGGAGUGGCUCCAAAACGAUCGAGUCGAAGAACGACGCUACAGCGCCGUGCUGGUUCUGCGGGAGCUUGCCGUCAACGCUCCGACGUUAAUGUAUCAGUACAUUCAAACAAUCUUUGAGUUGAUCUGGGUGGGAUUGCGAGAUACCAGGCAGCAGAUUCGAGAAGCAUCAGCCGAAACAGUCAGCGCUUGUUUCCGCAUUAUCCGCGAUCGAGACCAGGAAAUGAAACAGAUAUGGAUGGCCAAAAUCUAUAACGAAGCCAGGCAAGGGUUCAAAUUCAAUGCUGUAGAGUAUACACACGCGUCUUUGCUGGUGCUGAAGGAGCUCCUGGAACAAGGUGGGAUGUUUAUGCAGGAACAUUACCAAGAGGCCUGCGACAUAGUGUUCCGACACAAGGACCAUCGCGAGCCAAUCAUCAGAAACACGGUUGUGCUCCUCAUUCCUGACCUGGCUAGUUACUCGCCAGCUGAUUUCGCCCAAUCGUGGCUGCACAAAUUUAUGGUCUAUCUCUCGGGCAUGCUGAAGAAAGACAAGGAGCGUAACGACGCUUUUCUUGCCAUCGGAAACAUAGCCAACUCAGUCAAAAGCGCCAUCGCCCCAUACCUUGACGGUGUACUCAUAUAUGUCAGAGAAGGACUGAGCGCACAGUCACGCAAAAGAGGAUCCGUCGACCCUGUCUUUGACUGUAUCAGUCGUCUCGCCGUGGCCGUCGGACAAACUCUGAGCAAAUAUAUGGAAGCGCUGCUGGAUCCAAUCUUUGCCUGCGAGCUUACGCCGAAGCUUACGCAAGCUUUGGUUGAUAUGGCCUUCUACAUCCCUCCUGUCAAGCCCAUCAUUCAAGAGCGUCUGUUGGAUAUGCUCAGUGUUGUGCUUUGCGGUGAGCCGUUCAAGCCGCUUGGAGCGCCUCAGCCCAACACACUCUCAUCCGUCCCUGUGAUUGCUAAAGAUGGCAAGGAUCCGCAGGCCUACGAAUAUCGCCGGGCUGAAGUCAAACUAGCGCUCAAUACUUUGGGGAGCUUUGAUUUCACUGGUCAUAUUUUGAACGAGUUUGUGCGUGAUGUCGCAAUCAAGUAUGUCGAGGAUGAAGACCCAGAAAUCAGAGCAGCUGCCGCACUCACUUGUUGCCAACUCUACGUUCGUGACCCAAUCGUCAACCAAACAAGCUAUCAUGCUCUUCAGGUUGUUGGCGAUGUAAUCGAAAAGCUUCUGACCGUCGGCAUCUCUGAUCCUGAGCCUACUAUUCGUCUGACUGUGCUCGGGGCUCUGGACGAACGAUUCGAUCGCCACCUUGCCAAGGCCGAAAAUAUUCGCAUCCUCUUCUUCGCCCUGAACGACGAGGCUUUCACGAUUAGAGAGGUCGCCGUUGCUAUUAUCGGCCGACUGGCAAGAUAUAAUCCGGCAUACGUGAUUCCAUCGCUCCGCAAGACCCUUAUUCAGAUGCUUACAGAGCUUGAAUUUUCGGACGUCGCUCGCAGCAAGGAAGAGAGCGCCAAACUACUCCGCCUUCUCGUACAGAACGCCCAGUCGCUCAUCAAGCCAUACGUCGAGCCAAUGAUCUCAGUGCUUCUGCCCAAGGCCAGUGACCCCAAUCCAUCUGUUGCGGCUACAAUCCUCAAAGCGAUCGGUGAACUCGCAACCGUGGGUGGUGAAGACAUGCUUCCGUAUAAAGACCGACUGAUGCCCCUUAUUAUUGAGGCUCUUCAGGAUCAAAGCUCAAAUAUCAAGCGAGAGGCUGCUCUUCACGCGCUGGGCCAGCUAGCUAGCAACUCGGGCUAUGUGAUCCAACCUUAUAUUGAGUACCCGCAGCUGCUGGAUAAUCUUCAAAGUAUCAUUCGUACCGAGGAUCAGCGCGGACCUAUCCGACAGGAGACUAUCAAACUCAUGGGCAUCCUCGGUGCUCUCGACCCUUACAAAUGCCAGCAGGCAGAAGAGAAACCCCUCGACACUCAAUCUCACGCAGAGACUGGCCCAAUAACCGAUAUUUCUCUGAUGAUGAGCGGGCUGACUCCAUCAAACAAAGAGUACUUUCCCACUGUUGUCAUCAAUGCCCUCCUGCAGAUUCUAAAGGAUCACUCACUUGCUCAGCAUCACGCCGCUGUGAUUGAAGCAAUCAUGAAUAUUUUCAGGACUCUUGGCCUAGAGUGCGUUUCAUUUCUGGAUCGAAUCAUUCCUGCUUUCCUUCAGGUCAUCCGCUCCUCGCCCUCGACAAGAUUGGAGUCGUAUUUCAAUCAACUGGCCACGCUAGUCAGCAUUGUGAGGCAGCACAUCAGAAAUUACCUUCCCGGUAUCAUUGAGAUUCUGCAAGAGUAUUGGGACAAGUCAUCCUCAUUGCAGUCUACCAUCUUAUCCCUCAUCGAGGCCAUCUCACGUUCCUUGGAAGGUGAAUUUAAAAUAUUUCUGGCAGGCCUUUUGCCGAUGAUGCUUGGUGUUCUUGAAAAAGAUACCAGUGCAAAGCGUGCUCCCUCUGAGAGGGUCUUGCAUGCCUUCCUUGUAUUCGGAGCUAGCGCUGAGGAGUAUAUGCAUCUAAUUAUCCCCGUUAUUGUACGAACAUUCGAAAAACCCACGCAGCCCUCAUUUCUCAGAAGGCAGGCAAUCGAAACUAUUGGCAAGAUCUCCAAACAGGUCAAUCUCAACGACUAUGCUGCCAAAAUCCUCCACCCCCUCACUCGAGUGCUUGAUACUGGCGAGCCAGUACUGCGAACGGCCGCCUUGGAUACGAUGUGUGCCCUCAUUCAGCAACUGGGGAAGGAUUUCAUCAAUUUCAUGGGUACUGUGAACAAAGUCGUGAAUCUGCGACAAAUUCAGCAUGCCAACUACGAGCUUCUGGUUAGCAAGCUUCAAAAGGGCGAGGCGCUUCCACAAGAUUUGAAUACCGAAACGCGCUACUUCGACCGCGGCAUCGAGCCUGCUUUUGCAGACCUGGGCACCAAAAAGCUAGAGAUGAACGCUAUACAUCUGAAAGCGGCUUGGGACACCAAAGGCAAGUCUACAAAGGAAGAUUGGCAAGAAUGGGUACGGAGGUUCAGCACAACUUUGUUGACUGAAUCUCCGAAUCAUGCCCUCCGCGCUUGUGCGAGUUUGGCAAGCGUCUACCUGCCUCUUGCACGAGAGCUUUUCAAUUCUGCUUUCGUUUCAUGCUGGAGCGAGUUGUUUGAACAAUUUCAAGAGGAACUCAUCCAGAAUAUUGAGAGCGCUAUCAAGUCAGAGAAUGUUCCGCCGGAUCUGCUUGGUCUACUUUUGAAUCUUGCUGAAUUCAUGGAGCACGAUGACAAAGCCUUGCCCAUCGACAUUCGAGUACUGGGACGGGAAGCUGCGCGAUGCCACGCUUAUGCCAAGGCUCUCCACUACAAGGAACUGGAGUUCCUCCAAGAUCAGAGCAGCGGAGCAGUUGAGGCUUUGAUUGUGAUCAACAACCAACUCCAGCAGUCCGACGCUGCCAUUGGUAUCUUGCGCAAAGCUCAGCUCUAUAAGGAAGGCAUCCAGCUACGCGAGACCUGGUUUGAGAAGCUUGAACGCUGGGAAGAGGCCUUGGCAUUUUACAACAAGCGUGAAGCAGAAGUACCCCCAGAACAAGCUGUCCCAAUUGACAUUGUGAUGGGUAAGAUGAGAUGUCUGCAUGCUCUAGGCGAGUGGGAUGCUCUCGCUACGCUUACCGGUAACACGUGGCAAAACUCGGCUCCCGAGGUGCAGCGUAUGAUCGCGCCAUUGGCAACUGCAGCAGCUUGGGGUCUCGGUAAAUGGGACUCGAUGGAUAACUACCUGUCUUCACUGAAGCGAAACUCUCCAGAUCGCUCUUUCUUCGGUGCCAUCUUGGCGCUGCACAGAAACCAGUUUAAAGAGGCGAUAUCCAACAUUCAACAGGCUCGCGAAGGCUUGGACACAGAGCUAAGUGCUCUCGUUAGCGAAUCCUACAACAGAGCUUACCCUGUUGUGGUCCGUGUCCAAAUGCUUGCCGAGCUUGAGGAGCUCAUUACAUACAAGCAGUGCGACGAGAAGAAACGUGUGACGAUGCGCAAGACCUGGGAGACGCGUCUUGAGGGCUGCCAGCGCAAUGUUGACCUUUGGCAUCGCGUACUCAGACUUCGUGCUCUGGUGAUAACUCCCGCGGAGAAUAUGCGCAUGUGGAUCAAGUUUGCCAAUUUGUGCCGCAAGUCUGGCCGUAUGGGUCUUGCAGAGAAGUCGCUGAAGCAGCUUAUUGGGGUGGAAGCGCCUCUCGAAAAUAUGAUUCCUUUCUGGAAGGAAGGUUCGUCCCUGCCUAAGAAUGUUCCAGCUCAGGUUAUCUAUGCUAUGCUCAAGUUCCAAUGGGAGACUGGCCUACAACCUAGUACUCAUUCGCUUCGUCGCAUCUCGGAGCGUACUCUGUAUUGCCUGCAGAGGUUUACUAACGAAACUGCUCAUCGAUUCGACGUGACCAAAAUGCAUCUCUCGUCUCAGUCUGGUACUGAGCUUUCCAAUGCCGAUUAUGCAUUCCAGAAUCAUGUCGACUCGUCGAUCAUUACUCCACAGACACAGCGGGCGCUCAUGGAACAGACUGUGCUGCUAGCAAAAUGUUACCUCCGCCAGGGCGAAUGGCUCAUCGCGCUCAACAAGGAUAAUUGGCAGCGUGAUAAUAUUGAUGAGAUUCUCACUUCCUAUUCUCAAGCCACAAAGUAUAACCCGCGCUGGUACAAAGCAUGGCAUGCUUGGGCUCUCGCAAACUUUGAGAUUGUUCAGACCCUUACUGCUCGCACAGAGGGCGAUGCCAACCGAGCGGAUUCCGCCGACAUAAUUCAGCACGUUGUCCCUGCCAUUCAGGGAUUCUUCAAGUCGAUUGCGCUCUCCGCCGGCAGUUCGCUUCAGGAUACCCUGCGUCUGCUGACCCUCUGGUUUACUCAUGGCGGUCACGCAGAUGUCCACUCAGCUGUGACUGAAGGCUUUGCAAAUGUCAGUGUGGAUACUUGGCUGGAGGUUCUCCCUCAGUUGAUCGCACGUAUCAAUCAGCCCAAUGUGCGUGUACAGCAGUCUGUGCAUAAUCUCCUCGCAGACGUUGGUCGAGCGCAUCCUCAGGCCUUGGUCUACCCUCUCACGGUCGCCAUGAAGUCUGUGCAGAGCACUCGCAGAUCACGGUCUGCGGCACAAAUCAUGGACAGCAUGCGUCAACACAGCGCCAAUUUGGUAGCCCAGGCUGAUCUUGUCAGCCAUGAGUUGAUUCGUGUCGCAGUCCUAUGGCAUGAACAAUGGCAUGAGGGUUUGGAAGAAGCCUCGAGACUUUACUUUGGUGACCAGAACAUUGAGGGCAUGUUCCAGACGCUUGAGCCACUCCACAACUUGCUAGAGCGUGGCCCGGAGACACUACGUGAGAUCUCGUUUGCUCAAGCAUUCGGUCGUGACCUGAGGGAAGCACGAGAAUGGUGCCAUCAGUAUGAGACUAGCAGGGAUCUUAACGACCUCAAUCAAGCCUGGGAUCUCUACUACCAAGUUUUCCGACGAAUUUCCCGACAGCUACCACAAGUCACCAGCCUCGAUCUAACGUACUGCUCGCCCAAGCUGCUCAACGUCAAGUCUCUUGACCUGGCUAUCCCGGGCACCUAUCGCAGCGGUCAACUCCCAGUGAGAAUCCAGUCAUUUGAGCCAACCUUGACAGUCAUCAACUCGAAGCAGCGUCCUCGUAAGAUUACUGCCAGCGGCACAGAUGGAAACUCCUAUCCCUUCCUUCUCAAGGGCCAUGAAGACAUUCGGCAGGACGAACGUGUUAUGCAGCUGUUUGGCCUCUGCAACACCCUAUUGGCAAGCGAUUCGGAGUGUUUCAAACGCCACCUCACCAUUCUUCGCUUCCCAGCAAUUCCGUUGUCGCAGAGCUCUGGCCUGAUUGGGUGGAGAUCUAACACUGAUACUCUUCACGUUCUUAUCCGAGAGUACCGUGAAAGCCGCAAGAUUCUUCUGAAUAUAGAGCAUCGCAUCAUGCUGCAGAUGGCUCCUGAUUACGACAAUCUCACGCUUAUGCAAAAGGUGGAAGUCUUUGGCUAUGCUCUGGAUAAUACCACUGGCCAGGAUCUCUACCGUGUAUUGUGGCUGAAGUCUAAAUCGUCCGAGGCCUGGCUUGAACGUCGCACCAAUUACACGAGAUCUUUGGGUGUCAUGUCCAUGGUCGGGUAUAUUCUCGGGCUGGGUGACCGUCACCCUUCCAACCUCAUGCUCGAUCGCCUCAAUGGACACAUCUUCCACAUCGAUUUCGGCGACUGUUUCGAGGUGGCGAUGAAGCGGGAAAAGUAUCCGGAGCGUGUACCUUUCCGCUUGACACGUAUGCUCACCUACGCAAUGGAAGUGAGCAAUAUCGAGGGAAGUUUCAGAAUCACAUGCGAACAUGUGAUGCGAAUUCUCAGAGACAACAAGGAGAGUGUGAUGGCAGUAUUAGAGGCUUUUAUUCACGAUCCUCUACUAACCUGGCGAUUGACAAACACGGCAUCACCAGCGGGUCCGAACUUCCGUUCCGACCGUGAGGCUGCGCUGAUUGGUCUCAAUGGUGGCGGAAGGGCGCGAAGGGCGUCGAUUCUGGACGCUGACAUUGCGCCUUCUGAGCUCAUGGCCAAUGGUGACCCCGUAGGCGCACUGAUGACCCGCCCCAGAGCCAGAACGAAUAGCGGCGUCGAAACCGAGGGCGCCAACGGUGCUCAGGACACGGAGACUCAAAACGCCAGAGCCAUUGAGGUCCUAGAUCGCGUCGUGCAGAAACUGAAUGGUCGCGACUUCAAGGAAACGGAGGAGCUUGACGUUGUGAAUCAGGUCAACAAGCUUAUUAUCGAAGCGACGAAGCUGGAGAAUCUUUGCCAGCACUAUAUUGGAUGGUGCAGCUUCUGGUAA